AAUAUCGUACUAAUAAGAUAAGAUAGAGUUGGACACGGGAUUUCACAAUCCCAACAAUUGGUAUCAGAGCGCAGUUGACGAGAAAUCUGCAAGAAAGACCGAAAUACCCUUUGAAUGAUGAAUGAGUGAUGAAUGGGUAUCAUAUGAGUUAGGAAUGAAAGGUGUGUAGCAGAUAUCGAAUCAGAAGAUCCUGGAAGUCAGUUAUAGGACACGAGAUGAAUGUGAUCCUUAGUUUGAAGGGGAUAAUGUGAUAUAACAAACUAAGUCUCACAUUGGAGAAUUAGACAAGGAGUGUCUGAUAUAUAAAGAGAUGUCCAACUCUAAUAGUAUGAGGCCUUUUGGGAAGGAAACCAAAAGUAAAUCCAUGCGGGCUUGCCUAAGGCCCAAAGUGGACAAUAUCGUACUAAUAAGAUAAGAUAGAGUUGGACACGGAAUUUCACAAUCCCAACAAAAGGAUGCAAACGGAUAGAGAAAAUGCGUUAGGCAAUAUAUAUCCUUAGGGAAUAUAUAUCAUGACACAACUUCUAAACAGGAAAUGCAUUAAGUAACACUAUGAUUAGCUUAACCUACCUCUGCAAUGCUAAACUCUAUGUAUUAGAAUCCUAGAGAGUAAAUUCCACUGAAUUUCAGGUUCCAAACAUGCAUUACGAUUGAGUUUAAUAAGUUCACAGAAUUCUGAACAAUCAACUCUCGAUAGCUAAGAAUAAGAUCAUCUUGCUCAUUUUAUGUUCGUCAAGCAUUUAAUAGAAUAUUUUUGGUGCGUUAAAUAAACCAAAAUCGAAUACUAGGUCAUGAAUUUAAUUUCAGCAUUAAAAUAACUUAGAUGUAGAACAAAUUAGAUAAUUCCAUAAUCUAACAAAUCAGUCUCACACAUCCAAGAUACCUAAUAAUGGGCUUCUCAGAAACAUGGAUUACUUGGAUUAUGCGUUGUAUCACUUCUAUCAAAUACAAAAUGCUCAUGAAUGGACAACCCAUGGGACAUAUUGUACCGGAGAGAGGUCUACGUCAAAGAGAUCCUUUGUUUCCUUUCAUCUUUAUUUUAUUCACAGAAACGCUCGUUAGCCUUCUUAAUCAUUCAGAGAACCAAGAAAAGAUAACGGGAAUGCGUGUUACACGCGCGUGUCACUCAGUAUCCCACUUUCUCUUUACUGAUAUGAUAUCAUUUUCUUCUGUAAGGCGGAGCCUCGUGAAUGCAAAGAAGUGAUGAAAGAAGUCAGGAAAUACAGACAAGCAUCAUGCCAAUGUAUCAACUUCAAGAAAUCCUCAAUACUCUUUGGUAAGAAGAUCAACGCAACUGUUAGACAACAUAUUAAAGAUACACUUGGAAUCCAGAAUGAAGGAGGAAUGGGUACAUACCUAGGAAUUCCAAAAGACAUCAGCGGAUCUAAAUGCAAACUCUUUGCUUUUCUCAAGGAAAAAUUGAUGCAUCGAGUGAAUGGAUGGACAGGUAGAUGGCUUUUAAAAGGAGGAAAAGAAGUUUUGAUAAAAUCAAUCUUGCUAGCUCUACCGACAUACGUUAUGUCUAGUUACUUGCUUCCAUUAGCGAUAUGUGAAAACCUCGCAAGUGACAUUGCACAAUUCUGGUGGAGUUCAACCAUCCCCCCCCCCCCCCCCCCGCAAGGGAAAAGGGUGGAAUUGGCUUCCGUAUGAUCUAUGAGUUUAACUUGGCUUUACUAGAAAAACAACUAUGGAGUCUAGUUCAAUAACCUAACUCUUUAGUAGCUCAAUUUCUGAAGGGAAGAUACUAUAGAUCGAGUUCGCCUUUACGAACAAUCUUUGUAAGCAGUCCAUCUUAUAUGUGGACAAGCAUUUCAGUGGCACGAAAGCUACUCCUUUUGGGGAUUAGACAAAAAGUACAUUCUGGAUAUGAGGUCAAGGUGUGGGAGGAUCCUUGGAUCCCUACAACACCAGCUAGGCCGGCUCAACUUACAACCCCAGCAAUGCAUCCGAACAUGAGAGUUAGCGACCUCAUUAAUGGAGAAUCGAAGGAGUGGGAUGUUGGGAUAUUGGAGAAUUAUAUUGCCCCUGUUGAUAUACCUCUCAUAAGGAGUUUGGCCAUAAGUACAACUCAUCGCCGUGAUACAUUUUGUUGGAACUACACCAAGUAUGGACAAUAUACUGUUAAAUCAGGAUAUUGGGUUGCUCGGAAUUUAUUGAAGGAUGAGGAAGAAAAGGAGGUACUGGAACACAGUAUAACUAAACUUCAAGCCUUUGCUUGGAAGAUAAAGGCUCCUCAAAAGAUUUGUUAUCUUAUAUGGCAACUGAUAACAUGUCCUGUGGCAGUAACGAAGAAUCUUAUACGACGAAACAUGAGAUGUGAUAACUACUGUCCACGAUGUGGAGAACCAGAAGAAUCUGCCAUACAUGCAAUCUUUGAAUGCCCGCUAGCUUUACAAGCUUGGUUAUCAACAACUCCAACAAGCCCACACAUCUUCCCGGUUUGGAGCCUUAUGCAAAUAUGGAUUAUCUUUUCUGGAGGAAAAACAACAUUGUCGAGCCUGAAUUAGACAGGGACCCUUAUCCCUGGAUAAUUUGGUACAUCUGGAAGGCUAUAAACGAUAAACUCUUUAUAGGGAUAAACAGGGACCCAUUGGAGUUAGUUCGAUAAGCUGAGAGCGAGUGUCAAGUCUGGUUUAAUGCAAAUGAGAUGGUAUCAUCAAAUCCACAAGAACAUAGUAUUGUGGAACCUCAAGUCUUAAGCUUGAGUAAUAUUUGUAUGAUAGAUGGGUCAUGGACAUCCACAUCAUGAUUUAGCAGGUGUGGAUGGGCUGGAUGGACAGUUUGGGCAAGGUACAACUUAUGGGGACAAGAAACUACAUACGGCGAGAGUCUGCUUGCAUUCAGAACUGGAAGCACUGUGAUGGGCGAUGGAGAAAAUGCUUCAGCAUUCGACAUGUCAGAAUUUUGGAACGGAUUGUAGGGAUUUAAUUGCCAUGAUUAAUGAGCCUUAUGCUUGGUCAAACUUUGCAACAGAACUGGAGAGGAUAUAGACUAUGCAGAUAUGCUUUCCGGACUUCAAGAUGACACAUAUUCCACAAGCGUAAAAUCAGAUUUCAGACUCUUUAGCUAGGACUGCGAGAUCUUUUCAUAGAGAACUUUAUUUUAUUGUUGUUCUAUUACGGUUUGGUUACUCAGACCACCUCUAGCUUGAGUAAUAGAAUAGUCGUUUGAUGUAAAAAAAAACCCUAUGGAUCAACCUCAAACAGGCAUAACUCAAUGUUCUACCUUGUUUCCAAAGUUGAGCUCGAUACAUCAUAGGAAAGUCUUCCAUUCAUUACUAAACUUUGACACAUCUUCAUAAUUCUUCAUUUUUAUUUUCUUAUUUCCAUCCAAUUUGACUUCUUCUAUUCCAAUUCGACCCAAAACCUGAAAAGACUUGAAUGUGUUAUAUGUUGAAAGGCUUAAAAAAUUGAUUCGGCUACCUAUGUCAACAAAGUCACUUACCUUUUCGAUCAACCAUCCAGAAAGAAAUCUAAACUUAAGUGUGUUUGAACUGGAGUAGUGGAAGGAUGAGUGACAUGUCAGGAAGUGAUUUGAAACAUUAUGUCAAUGAAGCCAAAGUACGGAAAAAAUUCAUAUGGUGAUUGCAGGGUUCUUAAGCAAGAUUUUCGAGUUUCCAAAAAAUUAAUGAACCUCCCGUCGCACGGAAUGGGGCCCACAUACCGAGUGAGCAGAUGUGGGAGGCCCAUUAUCUGAUCUAAAACCCAUACUAUAGCUAAACAAAUGACUCAAAAUGUUUAGAAACUGGUAUAAACAUUGUUUAUCUACUCCACGGGACUUAUUUUUUGUGCUCAAAGGAAACAUCAAUUAAAGUAUGAGGAAAAUAUUUUAGAAAAUGAGAAUUCACAUAUCUUUUAGAACAUCGCAUAGGAACUUGGGGUGGGCACUUCGGUUAUUUUUUUGGUUCGGUUCGGGUCUGAUUCGGUUUAGUUAGUUCGGUUCUAGUAUUUUUUCAACUGAAGUAAACCAUAGUUAGUUUGUGUUCGGUUUGGUUUGUAUUCGGUUCGGUUUGUAUUCAGUUUGGGUUUUCUUUGGAUCGGUUUAAUUAGGCUCUUCUUAGUUUUGUUUUUUAAGAGAAAUUAUGUUUUAAAACAUAAAUUAUAUAAACAUAAACUAUGUGAAUUCAAUUCAAUAUAACACUGAAACAAAAAAUUUUGAAAAAGUCACAAAAAGUAUGUAAGAAUUAAAACAAAUGAAAGUUAACUAAAGUAAAAGAACGAACAUCAUUAGUAAUCUCUCUUAUAUCAUUAAAAAGCCUGCAAUGAAUCAUCUUCUAUGUGAUAUCAUAAAAAACUGUGACAAAUAAAUAACUAGUAAUGUUAUACACAAACUACUAGGUCAAGACCCGCUGUUGUGGGCACAGAAACAGUACCUGAACCGAAGCUCAGCCAGAUAAGCAACAACUGCCUCAAUAGAGCUACAUGCGGCCAAGGUUCAUUCAAAGAAGUGGAUCUCAACCACCAUAAGUAAUUUGGCAUAAAACCAAUUUUCACAGAAGGCCAACACAACCAUUCAUCACUGAGGCUUGGAAUUACCAAAAAAAAUCUUCACGGAUGAAGAACUUAUGGAUUUUACAAACCGGAGGUUUCCCAACCCGUCCAGUUGCGAAUAUCAGCUCUUAGAGGUGGAUUUCAGCCCAACCAUGAAGCGGCCUUCUUCUGAAUCAAUCAUGGGCUUCAAUAUUAAUGUCUCAUAUUUCCAUAAACCCGAAAUCAGAAGAAUUGGUCAAAGGAAAACAAAGAUGCAAUCAAUUUCCCAAAACCAACAUUGUUUGUGGAAAGUCUCCAACCAAUUCAAUUUGGUUCGACCCAGAGUUAUCUAUGGAAGCCAGGAGAUCAUAUUAUCCAUCCAGAAGACAUCCAAAACGUCCUUAGAUGCACCAGCACACAGAGGAUCAGGCGGAUCUUCAUUUACUUCAACUUGCCUUAUUUGUAGUCUCGAGCAUUGAAAUUCCAACAGCUCUUUUUCCUUCAGCCUGUGCAUGACAUCUGCACCUUCCAGACCAUAAAAAAGAUUUCCAGGAAGCUCACUUACCCCCUCAAACCGUCCAGAUACAAGGAGAACACCAUCUACAUUUAUUUGGCCAAGAUUCUCAUCAUUAAGCCUUCAACGGCUAGUUUUCAGGGAGUCAUCAAUUCCUUCGCUUCCAAGUUUAUUAUUUCGAUUUUAUUUCUUUCCUUCUGUCAUUUUAUGAAUGUUAGAGAGUACCAGCAGUCGAGCCUAGAAAGCUCAAUUAGUCUGUCUUUGUAAAUCACCCUCGAUCUUAAGAAUUUAUAAAAGUUUGUUUUGUUUUUAUCAAAGUUUGGCUUUGAAUAAAAUCGAUUUCUUUAGGAUUCAAAAAGUUAUUCUUUGCUGUCCUAUUGAUUCGUGGUUCAUAGAUUCAUUGAGAGUUUCAGGAGCCUUGAGGAUCACAGAUUGAGAGAGUCAAUCAACACCCACGGAUUGAGAGAGUCAAUCAACUAUCCAUCUUCAUCUCCAUCUCCACCACCGAUCAUUAAUCUUCUAUCCAUCAACCAUUCCAUCCCUCUUUCCUCUUUGUUUCUGUUAUUAUAUUAUCAUUCAUAAACUAAUUAUUCUUCCUUUGUUUCAGGUUAUCUUGAACGUGAAAGGACAGUAGUUCAUCCAUCAACCACCUUCAUCUCUACCGAUUUCUCAACCAUCACCAUUUCAUCGACCACCUCACAAUCCUAGCUUCCGGGGCUGUAUCAUUUGGUAUCAGAGCCAAAAGGCUUCUGACCCAGGUUAUAUCAAUCCUCUCUAUCAUAUUUAAGUUUUCAUUCAUGUUUAGUUUGCAUUUAUAAAACUAUUUAAAUCAUAAAAAUUGUUAUUUGCUUCAUGUUUGCAUUUUUGCAUUUUUGGUGUUCUUAAGAAAAGUAAAAGAAAGAGGAGGAGUUUAGUGGCUUUGAUCCACGAAAUUUCUUUAGAAAUUUUUAGUUCCUGUUUGCAUUCAUUCCCCCAGCUCCACUUGCCAUAUUUAAAUUUUCAUCAGUUUUUUGCAUAGUUUCCUUUUUCGGUUUAUUUGCAUUAAAAAAAUUGUUCCUUUUUUCUAUUAAUCUGAAAACCAAAAUAAAAUUUUAUUUCUUUUAUUAUAUUUAAUAUAUUUCGUGCUGCCUCUGAUAUAUUUUUUUAAAAAAAUUGUCCUUGCAUUUGUUUCCUAGUAUUCUUGUUCAAUAUUGCUUUCAUAUUUCCAUAUUACUCUGAUUUAUUUCGUGCAUAUCAUUGUGCAUUCAAAAAAACAUUAUUCAACUUAGUUUAGUUCACUUGGUCCAUUAUUUGCAUAUUUAUCGGUUUAGCAUAAGUUUCAUUACUUAUUUUGUUCAUUUUCUCUACCAGAUACCUAAGCCACUAGUUUGAUAUAACUAUCUUGCAAGGCACAUCAAUUCUAAGGCUAUGGAGUAUGAAGAAAUCAAUACCUCAGAAAUAGAUUGGGGAGAAGAACCGGAUGACUUAAGUGAUGUAGGAGAAGACAAAGAACACCAGUCUUCUUAUGAAACUGAUUCUGAAAUCAGUUGUGGACGCCAUCCUGAAGUGGGUGGAGAUGAACCAGAGCCUCUUGAGCAAAGUUUCUCCAGGUCCAUUAGUGGAUACAAUGAAAAAGACACACCAAUCAAACACUCAUGGUCAAGACCAAGCUGUCCAUGGUCAGAUUAUGGUGGGGAAAAGGAGGACGAAUUGUAUGAGGAUUACAAUCUUACAAAGAUAACAGAGAAGGCAGUAGGCUAUGGACGUGCCCCAUAUAGAGUACCAUCUCAACCCAAACCCACCAGCACAAAGAGAGCUCAACAAACACCAACUGGCCAAAAGAAGGAAGUAAGCAAAAAUUCUGCUUAUUCAUCCAACACUCUAGUGUUUUCAGGUUCCAGCAAGAACCCUGGGGUGUAUUUGAGUUGGGAAAUGAACAUGGAGAAGUGGCUGCGGUCCAAAAACAUUCCCAAAGAAAAGAAGCUAUCACAAGCUGUCGAAGCCUUCAAGGGGAAUGCUUGAAAAUAUUUGGCUAAAGGAGAACAGUCCAAGCAUCUACAACCAGCCGGUGGUAGACUAGAGAGACCUUAAAGUCAGGAUGUAUAAGGAGUUUGCAGAGAAGUAUCAAGACCAAGUAGAUGCCACAUCAAAGUUCCAUUGUCAAGCAACAAGGAGGAAAGUGAUGUCUACACCAAAACUGCAUACUCUUCCUAAACCAAACACUACAAGAAAACGUCUCAUAUGUAGCAUGAGGAAAACACUAUUGCAAGAUAGCGCAGCGUUAUGGCGAACGUUGUAUCUUCCCCCGCAAUCUUUUCUCGGGCACUCUAGAUAGCGUUUUUUUAUGCUAUUUUAAUGUAUUAUUUCAAUAUCGUUUAUUCCUAAUGCAAUUGUAAUCCCUUUUAUAUUAUUUGAGGAGCACUAUUAUAAAAUAACCUUACCCUCAUGUGUGAUUAACCAAAAUGCCAUUACUUAGGUGUCAUUCUUAGAAUCCUUCUCAUAGCCAUAAAUAAAAUGUCCUUCUUUCACUAGAUUAACUACAUAAAAUGCCAUUACCAUCCAACUUUGGUGUAACCAUAAUAAAAAUCAUACAGCUUAGUUAUUGAUAGGUAUAUACGCUGUCAUAUUUUUUUUUUUAAAUACAAAAAUUCAAACCAUUUAAAGAGUUUCCACUAAUACAUAUUUUUUUCUCUAAUGGUUUGUCCCCAAACAUAUACUCGAAAAGCUCUUCAAAUAUCAACCUCUUAUCCAUGACUAACAGAUAGAAGAAUAGCAUACAAGCCAUAGACAACCUACCCAUGAACAAAAAAUAGAAUAAUUCAUAGAUAAACAAACUUUCAAGUAUAGUUAUUGUUUACAAUUUUUUAAAAAUAGUUUCUCUUAAAUUUUAUCUUUCUAACAUUACACGUAUUCAAAUGAUUCGUAACAUAUGUGAGAAAAAAAUCUUCUUUAUUCGAGUAAGCCUACUCAUGAACAAUUCAUCAAUAAUAUGUUUUAAAAGUAUUCAAUUUUCGCUUUUCUAAACUUUUUUCUUCCUAACAUUUUGUCUACACGUAUCAAAUGCUUCCUAACAUAUGUGAGAAAAAAAUAUAUUUUUUCAACUAAGCCUACUUAUGAACAAUUAGACAAUAUUGUUUAAAAGGAUUAAUUAUUAUGUUAGUUUCUAUAGUUAGGUAGCACAAAUAUUUAUACGGACAAUUUGGUUAAAUGUAUAUUUAUAAGUGUAAAUUUAUUGUAUAUAGGUUCUAUAUGAAAUAUUUCAAAAAUUAUAAACCUAGGAGUUUCAUUUGGUAUAUUUUUAAAAAGUAGCAAUAAUUAUGUUAGUUUAUAUAUAUAUAUAUGUAUGUAUAUGUAGAUAUGUGUCGUGAAAUACAUCUUCUCAUCAUAAUUCACACUCACAGACAUAUCAAUAUUCGAGUUCAUUCUAAAUUCACUAACGGGGAAGAUAAGGUGAAAAUCAUACGCAUUUGAAAAUAAUAGUUUUAUGUUGCUGGUGGUCUAUAUAACUAUUAAAAUGGUUCUCAUUGAUUCUAACUUGAGUUUUCAUUUUGACAUAAAACAAUAUAGAUUAAGUAUGCUUCUCAUCAACUAAAUACCAUAAAUAUAACUGAAUUAUAAAUCAAUCUAUUCAAAUAUUAACGUCUAUGACUGAUGGGAUGCAUGUUCGACAUCCCCUUUUUAUUAUUUGAGGAGCAUUUUAAACAGUUAACCUUAUCACCAUGUGUGAUUAACAAAAAUGUCAUUUCCUAUGUGUCAUCAUGAGAAUUAUUCUUGAUUCUCAUAGCCUUUGUUAAAUAACAUUUUCUUGCCUAGACAAAUUACAUAAAAUGCAAUUGCUCAUUAAAAUUUAGUAAUAUGAAGAGAUUAUAUUACUAUACUAUAUGAGAAGAAGCCAUGUAUAACAUGAAACAUUUCAUGGUAUAAUUACUCAUUGCAAUGUAUUUUAAUAAUUAUCGAACAAAACACAUAUAGCCACAAAAUGAACGGCAAAAUAUAGUUAUUUAUAUUCUUAGCAUAAUAUUAGUGGAUUGAGCAAUGUAUAUGCUUCAUUAUUUUACAAAUUCUUAGCAUAAUAUUAGUGGAUUCUUCGAUGUGUAUGCUACUCCCUCCGUUUCACUUUAUUUGUUGCUUUAGGUUUACGAACACAAAUUAAGAAAACAUUUAAUUUUGCAUAUUUCCAAAAUAAAAACAUUAUUACCUAUACAUUUAACCAUGUUUCAACCAAUAGAAAAAUAAAAUAGAAAAUAUUAUUAUUAAAUUUUGCAUUGAAAACAUAAAACGACACUUAAAAUAAAACAAAGCUUUAACUCUAAAAUGACAAAUAAUAUGACAUGGAGGGAGUAUAUUAUUUCAUAGAAGUUAUCAUACAUUAUGUUUUUUUAAUUAAAAACUGAUGGGGUUUUGACUAUAUACAUAUGAUUCAUGUUUUUAUAAGAUUCACGUUCUUUAGGAUUCAUAAAUGAUACAUGACAGUUUUUUGGGACUGGGAAAUAUAAAUUAUUCAUAAUUAUGUUCUUCUAUAAAACUUUCUUACGUGAUAUUUAUUUUGAUUAAUAUUUUUGGAUUUUUAUGGGAUACAUGACAUUUAUUUUGGGAAUUUAUUUUGGGAAUCAUCAAUAUAAACGGUUUUAUAUUGUAAAAUCAAAAUGUCGAGAAUUAUGGAAUAUCUUGCGUGAUUGUAAAAUACAUCCAAAACGGAAUUCCAUAUUAAUUUUUUUUUCAAUCCCUUAACUUUUGCAACAAGACUUUUAGAUUUCUAAAUUAUCUUAAAUGGUGACAGACAUUAAAUUUGGAAAUUUAUAUUAUUAUUUUUUCAAUUAAGUUUAAAGUCAAAUAUCAUUUUAUAGAUUUCCUUUAUUUUCUCCCCUUGCAUAUAAUACUUUCUAUAAUUCUCUGAAAACCUACGAUUAUAAUGUUAUACGAAAUUAAUAGGAUUGUCUGAUAUUUAUAUUCACAAGUGUUAGGGUUUUGACUAUAUAUACGAUUCAUAUUGUUAUAAUAUUUUCUUUACGAUUCAUGAAUGAUAGAUGACAUUUUUUAGGGACUGGAAUAAAUAAAUGAUUUAUAAUUAUGUUCUUCUAUAAUUAUUAAGUUUGUGACAUUUAUUUUGGUUGAUACUUAGAGACAAUUAUAUAUGUGAAUAAAAUUUAUUUUCGGAGUGCACAAUAUAAACUGUUUUAUAUUGUCAAAUCAAAAUGUCAUAUAUAAAAAAAUUUAUAAGCAAUUCCACAAAAUACAUUCAAAUGGUGACAGACAUUAAAUUUGCAAAUUUUUUAAUUCUUUCCGAUUUUUUUUUUAAAUAUCAUUUUUAAUGUAGAAUUCUUUAAUGUUCGCCUAUGCAUAUAAUACUUUCUAUUUUUGAAAGUAUUUUAAAUGACUAGCAUUUAAUAUGACUAUCGCCUUUAUCUCGUGCCAGACUUUUUAGUAAAAAUAUUUUUUUUUAAAUAAAAGAUAUAUUAAAAGAGGUCAAUGUGUAUUUUGAGUCAUAAUCGAUAUUAAGGUUCAACAGUAGGCCUCUUUUACAAAUUUGAGUCUUAAUCAGCCCACUAAAUUUGUAAAUUCAUAUUAUUUACUUCUUUUUCUUUUUUUUUCAACCUAAUAUUAUUUACUUCAAUUUAUUUUUAUUCUUUUACAAUUUUAUGUACUCCAGAACCGGUAUAAUUUUAAUAAAAUAUAACGUUACAAGUUUGAUCGCUAUUGAAAUUUCCUUAAAGAGAACAUAAUUGUCUUUAACUUUCCCUCAAACAUUUUCCCAACUUAAUUGUGAUUUUUAAGCAAUUUGAACUUUAUAUUCGAAAUUACAUGAUUAAAUAAUGUAAUAACAUAAUUUUAUUUAACAUAAUAUUAUAUUCAUUUUAUUUUAUGUUAUGGUUCAAUUAUUAUAUAUAUUUUCAUUCAUAGAAAAAACGGUGAAAGAGUAAAGGAGCCCAGACACAGGACACACUUUGGUUCUCUCUCUCUCUCCCCGUCUCUCUACGCCAUGACCAGCUCUUCCGCUCCUUCACGCAAGGCGUUAAGCAAGAUCGCGUGUAAUAGGUUGCAGAAAGAGCUUACGGAGUGGCAAGUAAAUCCCCCCACUGGAUUCAGGCACAAAGUUAACGAUAAUCUUCAAAAAUGGAAAAUCGAUGUGACCGGAGCUCCAGGGAUGCUCUACGAGAACGAGACUUAUCAGCUUCAGGUUGAAUUUCCCGUUAAUUACCCUAUGGAAGCGCCGCAGGUAGUUUUUGUUCCUCCGGGACCGUUACAUCCACAUAUUUACAGCAAUGGGCAUAUUUGUUUAGAUAUUCUAUAUGACUCGUGGUCACCAGCAAUGACUGUGAGUUCAGUCUGCAUCAGCAUUCUCUCCAUGCUAUCAAGUUCACCUGCAAAGGAGCGCCCAGCAGACAAUGAUCGUUAUGUGAAGAACUGUAAAAAUGGGAGAUCUCCUAAGGAGACGAGGUGGUGGUUUCAUGACGACAAGGUUUAAUGCAACGACCAGUAUCUAAAGACGCCCUUUAUUUGUAAUAUGAUUAUGACAUUUGAGAAUGUCGAAUCGUCCUGACACAUCCUAUUAUCUCAUCUUUGUCACUUUUAUCCUAUGAGAAUGUCGAAGUUUAACAGUUCCGAAUAGCUACUAGAGAAGAGAAUAACAUUGAGACGGAUUGUGAAAUCCUUACUCACAGUUACAGACCAAACCAAACCGAAUUUUACAAACACAAGUUAACCAUCCAUCUUUGGUAAAAGAAAUGAUCACACAACAUGAGAUAGUUGAUUUGAUCUGGUUGUACCUUAGAUUUUCUUUUGUUGUAGAACCAAGUGAUGAUAGACCGAUCCAAAAUCAAGAUUAAAUGCACAGAAACUAGAAGUCUAGAACCAAAUUGUACAACAUCGAAAGAUGUUUGUAGAAGACAUACCUAUGUUGCAUGGUCGAAGGUAGGCGGAAGAGUAAUCACAUGGAAGUAUGGAAGCAAGACAUUUUAAAAAAUUAAGAAGUGAAAAAAAAAAUUAAGAAGUGAGUAUGUUAGUAGCAUAUAUCAAAUAGAGUAUUGGUGUAUGUGACCCUAUAUGGUGACUAUAGUGCUGUUUGUUUGGUUGCUGCAGUUUUCGGCGUCGGCGUCGAUGUCGGCGUCAAUGAAAAUAGUUGUUGUUCGUUUCGUAGACGCCGACCCUGAUUAUUGUUCGUUUAGAAGAUGUAGGAAGUUGACGCUGACGUUGAUGCCGAGGCAGGAAGUAGGUUUUGGGAAUAGAUGCUGCGGCUAUUUUUAUUUCUUCAUAUUUUAUUUUAAAUUUUUUUGUAAAAUUGUAUUUUAAAUAAAAAAUAUAAUUUAAAUAUAUUUACAUCCAUUAAAAUAUUAUGUUUACUUGGUAUAUACAUUUUUUGUCAAAUAUACGAAUAUAACAAUAUUUGUUUAUCAUAAAUUAUAAACUAAAUUAAAACAAAAAUAAUACUUCAAAAUAUUUAUCACGAAACAAAAGCUAAAUAAUACAUUAAGUUGAUUAUAAAAAAACAUCAAGUCUUAAAUAAAUAUCACAUAUAAAUGAUCAUCAAAGUUAUAAGCAAAAAAAAAAAACCAUUUAAAACGCAAACGACCUCUACCAUAUUCAUUUAUGAUGUUAUCACGCAAAGCUUCCAUCGAUCUAUCACUGGUUGGCUCAUAUACGAUAUGUCGACCACCACCACCAUCAUCAUCACCAUCAUCAUCAUCAUCUUCUUCUUUUUCUUCUUCUUCUUCUUCAUCACCGUCACUAUCAGCUUCUUCUCCUUCUCCAUCAUCACCACUUUGCCACUGUACAAAAUCAUGAUCUUCCCGAUGUGGGUCACGUAUGAAGUUGUGUAGCGCCAUCGUCGCUGUCACCAGCUUAAUCCACUUGACCAGCGCAUACUUUGGAUGCUUACGAUCCAAAAUCCUCUAUUUUGCUUUCCAUACUCCAAAUGUCCUCUCAAUCACUGAUCGCAGACCUGAAUGCUUUCGGUUAAACAACUUUUGUGCACUAACUGGUGGUCCUCCUGUCGCAAAUUGACCAAGAUGAUAUCGCAUAUUACGAUGCGGACCAAGAUACCCUGUCCUGGUCGGAUAUCCGGAGUCAACUAGAUAAUAUUUUCCAGGAGAAGGAUGUGGAAAAGAAGCCUCGUUCCUCGCACAAUGAGUCAAGAUCUUUGUAUCGUGUGUUCUACCAGGUACACCGAGAUAUGCAUAUAUGAACUUCAUAUCUAAGUUACAUAUAGCAAGAACAUUCAUUGUAGGAUCUUGCUUCCUGCCUCUGUAUGCUUCUGCAUUUUGACUUGGAGGGCGAACUGGGACAUGUGUUCCAUCAAGUGCUCCAAUACAAUCCCUGUAAUGAGGCCAAUACCGAUCAUCAUUCCUCAAAACAGAACUUACUCUUCCAAACGCGCCUUCCUGUGGUCUUAAUGUAUCCACUGCAAACUUGAGAAUAGCACUCAAGACAUCAUCAAGCUUCCUUUGCACUAUAUCCAAUGAUCUUUGAUACCUUGCAGCAAUAUCCUGCUUCGUCUUAUCUUGAACAUCGCAAUAGAUUCCUCAAGGUAGACAUAGUGAGUCUCUUUCAAUCCAUAUCGCUCAGCCAACAUCUUGCACAAAUCUUCAAACGUUCUUUGAUUCAUGCAAAGAAUGUCGUAACAUUGCUGAUCAGAUUCAUACAUAAGUUGUUGAACAUGAUGCCAUCCUGCUCCUCAAUCUGUUCUAUGACUCAAUCUCUCAGUAAUAGGCGCAUCAAACAAACCAAGUUCAUCAUCAUAAUAUCCAUCUUCAUCUUGCAAUAUCCAUCUUUCAAGCAUCUAUAAAACAAUGUAUAAGAUUAUGAUCAGCACCAAAACAACAUGUAGAGAUCAAUGAAAGCAAUACAAGACACAACCUGUUAUUCCACAAGACAGAUAAUUAUACAAUACAUAAGACACAAUAUAAAUGACCAAGUAACCAAGCAACAACCUGUUUUACACACACGGCAAAUAUAUAUAUAAAACGAUCAUCAGAAACACGACCUGUAAUAAAAUCAUCUUAAGACCAACAUGUUUUACACAUUUAUAAAUACGUGGAUACAGCAAGUAAAGAAACAUAAAAAGACCAUAUAUAUAAAGCCACAAAAGACAGA